AUGAUAGAAGAUAUGCAUGAGGGCAAACAGCUUAGGGGAUUUUCGAAGGAAGAGGCAGCAAGGAUAUCGAAGUUGUUGAAGAAGAAGCUUGGGCCCGAAUUCAUAAGUUACCGCCCUGGAUUCAACUCAGCAAAGGUUGCAUACAUUGAGGGAUGGACAGCAAUCAGUCUUGCAAACAGGAUAUUUGGAUUUAAUGGAUGGUCUUCUGAAAUACGAAGUAUCUCUGUGGAUUGCGAGACUUUAGAGGACACAAGAGUGUCUCUUGGUGUUUCAUGUGUGGUGAGGAUCACGCUGAAAGAUGGUUCAUAUAGGGAAGAUGUGGGGUUUGGAAGCUCUGAAGGGCAAAGAAGUAAGGUGGUUGCUUAUGAAAAGGCAAAGAAAGAAGCAGCAACAGAUGCAUUGAAGAGGGCAAUGAGACAGUUUGGCAAUUCGCUGGGAAACUGUUGCUAUGACAAAGCAUACAUCAAGGAAGUGCAGCGCAUAAACAAGAUCAAUGAAAAGGCAUUGGAUUCAAACGAUUUAUUCAGAAACAGUAUACAAGCAGCAUCCCAAGAGCGCGAUAAUGCGAAAGAGGACUCACUUGACAUAGACUAUGAUCUAAGCGAGCACUUGUGA